AUGCAAGAAAUCUCGAACUACCCACAAAACCUGCUAGACAGAGUCAACGCGGCCCAGCACGCUCCCUCGCGCGAUUCCAACGAUAAAUACGUCUUCCAUGUCAUCCACAGGAAUGACGACGAUGAUCUGAACGCGCUUGAGGAGAUAGACUCAGAGGAUGAGGAGAUGGAUUCCGAGGAUGAUAGCGAAAGACAACGCACAUUCGACACCCUUGCAGAGGCCAACAAUGCUGCUUUGGCUCUUUUCCAAAGCAUGUAUUUUGAUUUCUUUGCUCAAGAAGAAGAUAUGUCAAACUGGUAUGAGGAGGGAACCAGUGAAGAAAAAAUGAAUGAAGUGGUGUGGGAAGUCAAUGGCAACGGGGAGGUUUCCUUGAAAGCCCAUGAGACUGAGGAUGGGAUAACAUAUGAGAUUUAUGUUUCUGCCUCAAAGGUCUAG